UCUCCUAUGCCCUCUCUGUUUUUUCUGUUAACAUAUUAAGCCAAGAAAAUAAAAAUGGAAUCUGAAAAAAUCACUAUUAAAAUGUUAUUGCAAACUCUUAUUGGUUUCUAAUUGUAUGAUUCUUCCAUUUCUUUGCUUUAGAUUCCUGGGAAAUAAAAAGAAAGGAAAGAAAUGGAUAGUGAGGUGAUAAUUGUAGCAGUUGAUGCUAGUAAAGAAAUCACAGAUUAUGCUCUAGAAUGGGCAGUUCGAAAUGUAACCAAAGCUAUGGAUUCUUUAACCAUACUUGCAGUGCUUCCAUGUCAUGGACGUCCUCCAUCUUCUGCAAAUGGGACUAACCACUUGCUUUCUUGCCUGCUAAGGAAAUGGGGUUGUGGGGAUAAGGACAAGGUGAAGAAUGCAUCGGAUGAUAAUGGCCUUGAUAAAACAGCUCAACAGGAUUCAUUCCGGAGAAUAAACAACGUUUGUAUGCAGAUGAUGCGGCAACUGUGUUCAGUCCACAGUAAGCAAAUUCAUACUCAAGUGAAAAUUGUAGCUGAUGCGCAGCAGGGAUCAGUGGCCACAGAAGCCAGAGAGCUGGAGGCAAACUGGGUAAUCUUAGAUAGAUGCUUGAAGAAAGAAGGUGAUUUCUGCCUGAAACAAUUGACUUGCAAUAUUGUAAUCAUAGACCAUGCCAUUCCAAAACUUCUUAGAGCAGUUAACCCUCUAGCUGGGAACAGACUUAGUGUGAGUACAGAUCAAAGUGAUAAGCUUGGAAUGCUACCUAGUAGCACUGGCAAUCACAAUAGUACAACGACUCGAAGUAAUCUUGGCAUCGAAAGUACAACCUUUCAUACAGAAUCAUUGUCAAGCCCAGGAAAGGAGCAGUUCAACAAGGCUAGUAGUCCUUCUACCAUCAAGUCCAGAUCCCACACCCCCAUUUUUCAUUUAAAUUCCGAUUAUUUCCAUCAAGAAGUUCAAGUGCAAACAAUAUUUAGCCCCUCUCCUUCUUAUAGUAAAUCAGACUUGGCAUCAAGUUUUAAGAUUGGUGACCCCUUGGAUGGGAAAAUAAAGAACUAUAGUGGCCAUUUGAAGACUAAAUUUGAUAUGCAAACAGUUAACGGUAUAAAAGCGACACAGAUAGUAUCAGUUCCAACUAGAAGAUCAGCAGACUCACCACGCUUGUUGAGAAAGCCUGAAAGCCCAAAUCAGCUCACUAGCAGAAAGUAUUGCAUGAUUAGUCCUGGAGAAGAAAACCCUGCAUCCCCAUCUUCACCAACCUUUCAACGAACCUCAAGUAUCAGGAAGGCUAUGUCCCUUUCUAUUAAGCAUCCACCAAAACCCCCACCUCUUUGUUCCAUUUGCAAGCACAAGGCACCCAUUUUUGGCAAGGCAACGAGAAAGUUCAGUUACAGAGAGAUAGAAAGUGCAACUGAUGGAUUCUCAAGUGAUAAUCUCUUGGCGGAUGGUGGAUAUGGUUUAGUAUACAAAGGAAUAUUGCCUGAUGGACAAGUUGUUGCAGUGAAGCAGCACAAGACAAUAAGUGCACAAGGAGCAUCAGAAUUUUGUUCAGAAGUUGAAAUAUUGAGCUGUGCACAGCACAGGAAUUUGGUGAUGUUGGUGGGAUACUGCAUUGAAAUAGAAUGGCUUCUCAUUUAUGAAUUCGCUUGCAAUGGUUCCUUAGAUAAGCAUUUGUAUGGAACUGAGACAAAUAAGGUUAUGGCUUGGCAUAAAAGAAUGAAGGUUGCAAAAGGUGCUGCUAGAGGUCUGAGAUAUCUUCAUGAAGAUUGCCGAGUGGGAUGCAUUGUACAUAGAGAUUUCAGACCCAACAAUAUCCUCCUUACACAUGACUUUGAACCUAUGGUGGGAGAUUUUGGUCUUGCAAGACGGCAAGUAGAUGGCCAGUCAGCUGAGGAAACACGAGUUAUUGGCGCUUUUGGGUAUUUAGCACCUGAGUACACACAAUCUGGGCUUAUAACAGAGAAAACUGAUGUAUAUGCAUUUGGGGUUGUUUUGUUGGAGCUUUUGUCUGGCCUUAAAGCAACUGAAUUUUCAAGAAUUACAGGACAACAAUUUGUACAAGAAUGGGGUUGUCCAUUGCUCGAGAGGAAGAUGAUUGAUGAGAUUAUAGAUCCUCGACUAAAGCAAAAUUAUGAGGAAAAAGAAGUACAAUGUAUGAUGCAUGCUGCCAGCUUAUGUAUCUCACCAAACCCAGAAAAAAGACCAAGAAUGUCCAAGGUAUUGAAAAUAUUGGAAGGAGAUAUUCCCACUGACCUGGCUUGUAAUUAUGGACAAUACCCCACUAGUUACUUGAAGCAAUAUACAAAUAACAUCUAUGGUACAGAGACAGAGAGUCCAAUGAUUCCAUCACUUCAUCAUAGCCCUUCUUCCCUUCUAAUGCAACCAAUGCAUGACAUGAACCUAAGCCCAUCCAGAAAAAGUGUGGACAGAAACAAUGGCACAUUCAAGGCAUUGGCACCAUUUAAAGAACAUAGAAUGGUGAGGGGCGUUCACGAAUGGAAACAACCUGAAUCAAACAUCAGUGGGGAAUAUCAAGCAUAUUUACAAGGGUCACUAGCCAAAUUUAUUCAGAAGCUUAAUCAACAUUGAAAAACUAUGAGGUUUUUGCAAGUAAAGUUUUCUUUUUGUAUUUUCUUUCCAUUUUCACCAGGCCGGGUAACUGGACAUGAUGUACAUGCCUAAAUACUCUCUCAGAAGAACACUGCAAGAAAUUUCCUCUUGAGAAAACAAUGUUAUUGAAAUAAAAUAACAGCUGAGAAGAAACCUUCAUGUAUAGGAUCGUACACGUUUCCAGGUCUCUGACUGUGCUUUGAGAACAUAGGCCUUUGUUCUUGGCGUAUGUAAAUUUAUU